AACAAAAUUUCAAAAAUUGGACAAGUGGAAAUCAUGACGUUGAUGAAUUUAUUCAAAAAGCACAAUUAAAAGUUGAGGAUACAGACCAUAUCAUAGAGUGGAUUGAAUAUGAUAAAUUUGAAGAUGUUGAAUAUUUAGCAAAAGGGGGGUUUGGAACUACUUUUAAAGCAGUUUGGAAAGAUGGUCCUUGGCAAAUUAAAUAUAACAAUAAUCAAUUGGAAAGGAAAGGUGAAACAAAAGUCGCUUUAAAGUGCUUACAUAAUUCCCAAGAUAUUACAGCAGAUUUUUUAAAAGAAGUAUUUUAGUAUAUAAUAUUUUAUAGUUCGUUGUUUUGGUAUUACCAAAGAUCCAAAAACAAAUAAUUUUAUAAUGGUGAUGGAUUUAAAAAGUGGUAGCUUAAGACAACAUUUGAACAAUAACUUUAUUUCACUGGAUUGGAAUCAAAAGUUACAAAGUUUAUAUCUUAUUGCACUUGGUCUUAAUGAUAUUCAUAAUAAAGGAUUAAUUCAUCAAGAUUUUCAUUGUGGAAAUAUAUUAAGUAAUUUUGACGAUGAAGCUUAUAUUACUGACUUGGGAUUAUGUCAACCAGCAAAUGUACAAUCCUCUCAAAAUACUCAAAAUAGUAAUAAAAAAAUAUAUGGUGUAUUACCUUAUGUAGCUCCAGAAGUUUUAAGAGGAAAAGAAUAUACUGAAGAAAGUGAUAUUUAUGGACUUGGAAUUAUUGCAUAUGAAAUUUGUACAGGUUUCCCUCCUUAUUAUGAUAUAGCUCAUGAUGAUUUCUUAGCAAUAAAAAUUUGUAAUGGGUUGAGGCCAAAGUCUAAUUAUAAAAUUCCUCAAUUAAUUUUUGACAUUAUUAAUCAAUGUUGGGAUGCAGACCCUUUAAAACGACCUAAUUCAUAUGAAUUACAAAAGUUAUUUGGUGAUUUAUAUGUUAAGAGUUAUUUAGAUUCUGUGCUCAAUGAGCAAAAAAAAGAAGCAGAUGAAAUUAAUAAAAAUACACUCCCAUAUAUUCAAUCACCAUUAUCUUCUACAAGUACACUCCCAUAUAUGACACAUCCUCAAGCAGUUUAUACAAGUAGAAUUUUAGAUUUUAAAAAUCUUCCAGAACCAAAAAAUGCCGAUAGUAAUGAUGAUUUACUUGGAAUAGAAUAUUCAGAAUCAAUAAAAGUUGAUUUUACCAAACUCAAUAUUAAUUCCGAAGAUUGCAAUUAA